CUAGAAACACUCGUUUUCGCUAUUUCUCGUGAACAUUGUCUCUUACCAUAUUAUCGCUAGCAAUAUCAAACACCGACCUUUUGUUUUUAAGCACUGAUUUUGAUUCUUAUAUCUCAAAAAUUUAACAACUACCGUAGCAAUUUGGAGAUAUUGGCAUAUCUUGUUGCUAGCUUCUCCAUGGAUAGUUCUUCCAAUUCAGUGAUGGAGGAUGAAGUUGAGUCAACAACCUUACAUUCAGCCCCAUCAUUUGCAAUAUACAACAAUCUUCAUGGAGAUGAUGACAUCACCCCUGAAGAAGUUUUGAAGAGAACUGUUUUGGUUGGACAGAGUUUGGAAGCUACAGGCAGUGGUGACUUCAGCUUUGGGAGUAACAAGAUGGAUUUGAUUGAGGAAGGAGAGAAUGAGAAUGAGAAUAAUGAUUGGUCAACUGGGAUUCGGAAUUUGAGUAUUGAGGAGGAAGAUGUUCAGCCAGCUAGUCCCCCCAUGUAUCUGGCAGCAGGGCUUGGGGUUGAUGCUGAUGUAGGAUUUGAUAAAUUUAUCAGCGAUGAUGUAUUUAAUCCCAGUUUGGAAGAAAGUGAGGAUCUUGAAGGGUAUUACAAGCGGAUGGUUGAUGAGUACCCCUGCCACCCUUUGGUUCUCAAAAAGUAUGCUCAGCUUUUACAAUCUAAUGGAGACCUUCAAGGAGCUCAGGAGUACUUUCUUCAGGCUACCGUGGCAGAUCCUAAUGAUGGUGAAAUCUUGAUGCAGUAUGCGAAGCUGGUGUGGGAGAACCAUCAUGACAAGGAUAGAGCAAUGGUCUAUUUUGAACGUGCAGUUCAAGCAGCACCACAAGACAGCAAUGUUCUUGCAGCAUAUACUAGUUUUCUCUGGAAUAUUGAAGAUGAUGAGAAUGAAGAUAGAAAACAUGAAAUUCAGAGUGACAUGGAAAUACAAAAGACUGAACCUGUAAAGCCCUCCAAAGAAGAAAGUGGACAAGUGAUUGAUGCAGCAAAUGUUACAACAGCUAAUUUUGGUGAAGAAAGCAAUGUUGAAGAUUAUUUGAAGAAGAUGGUUGAUGAAAAUCCAAGCAAUCCUCUGUUUCUGAAAAAGUAUGCUCAGUUUCUGUUACAGUCCAAGCGAGAUCUUCAAGCAGCAGAGGAUUACUACUCACGUGCGGUAGUAGCUGAUCCCAGUGAUGGUGAAAUGAUAUCAGAAUAUGCUAAUCUGGUGUGGGAACUUCAUCAUGAUCAGGAAAAAGCUUCUUUUUUGUUUGAGCAAGCAGUUCAGGCUACCCCUGGGGAUAGCAAUGUUCUGGCAGCAUAUACCUGUUUUCUCUGGGAAACAGAUGACGCAGAAAGCUGAAAUUUAAAGGCCGGGGCAUGUUCAAGUGAUCUUCUGCAGGAAAAUGCAAAUUUUCAAGACAGGUUGCUGGAGAUGAUGCUAAUAAAUGCUCGUAGUUACAGGUGAAUAAAGAAACCAUACACAAUCAACACGAGGAAACAGCAAGCUUAGCUCAUCUAGAAUAAAGAAAACCAUAUUUCUUUACUAAUUGCAUUUUUUUGCCGAAAAUUUUCGUUUUCUCCUGAAUAACAUGUAUCUAACUUGCACUAGGACAAGAAUAAUUUGCAAAACUAUUUAUGGUUAUGUUAAAAGCUUAACUAAUUAGAGAUAACCCUUUCCCCUAAUUGGUGAUGCA